AGUCCGUUCCGGAGACAUUAGGCGCGAAAGACCUCUGCUCUUGGCUCGGAUGGCUAUGAAGGUCGUCUACCUCAACUCCUCCAUCCUCCACAUCCAGAUGCUGACUAACACCACCCCAGCUCAGCAGACUGUCUUUGAGAGCUGUAAGGACAUGCCCGCUGGCUUCCUCUUCUAUCUUUGCCUGCAGUUCAUCAACCUGUCCCUGGGCAUCCCGGCCAAUGUCAUGGUCCUCUGGCUCAUCCACAAGAACAAAGGGGACUCCUCCACAUCGGACAUCUUUAUCCUACACCUGGCCAUCCUGGACAUCUUGUUCUGCCUGAUGCCUCCACUGGAGCUGGUUAACCUCAUGUACCUGGCCACAGGACACAUCUGGUCCACCCUGAGCUUCGUAUAUGGCGUCAAAGACUGCUCGCUGCUCUUCCUCUCCUGCAUCUGCUUGGACCGCUAUAUGGCCGUGCGCCACCCAAUCCUCUUCGCCGAGCUCAAGGACCGCCAACACCGCAAAGUCUGUGCCCUGGCCAUGUGGGCCCUCACGCUGGCCUACGCCGUGACCCGCUGCGUAGACACCGUGCCCAACUUCGAGAAGACCUUCAUCGUCAUGAUCCUGGCCGCCUUCGCCUUCAUGGUCUUCUGCAACAUCUCCAUCCUCUGGGCUCUUAGCCAGUCCGGCCCCGGCCGCGACGAGAUGCACCCGGUCAAGAAGAGGGCCUUCAAGAUGGUGCUCAUCAUCCUGGCCAUCAUCGUCUUCAACUACUUGCCACCCGUCGCCCUCUUCCCCUUCAAACAGUACUUUGUACCCGAUGUGUUCCGCUGCUACAUCCACUACUUUGCGUUCGGCUUCAUGGACAUCAGUAGCAGUAUCCAGCCCAUGCUCUAUCUCUCCAAAGAGAAGCUCAAUGCCUCCCUGUGUGUAAAGUGUAAAGGCUCUUGCUGCGGAGGCAAAGCUGCACAGGAGGUGAGCACAUGA